AUGGCCGGCGUUUGCGCUGUGACUGCACUCGUGUUUACGCUCACCUCCCUGAGCAAAGGUGAGGUGCUUGAAGUGGCGCUCUCAAGUGAUGAGGUGUGCACAACAGCAGAGUGCAGUUUGGAGCUGAGACAGCUGCGUGGCCAGCAACAAAUUUUGGAAACAGACACGUCCGACAGAAAAUGCGCCAGCCACUGCCACUACAUUGGCGCAGCCCUGCAGGCAAACACUCCCGACUGCAAGGACUGUGCCUCAGCCACACCCAAGAUUCAGACUAGUGCUACCUGUGCAAGUCACUGCCAAUAUGAAGGCAGCACAGUUUGGCAGUACGAUCCUGAAUGCAAGGGCUGCUCUCCAGCUUUGAUUCAGACGAUGCUUGUGCAGAUGAAGGAUGAGAAGACUACUGAAUUGACUGGCUGCGCCAGCCAUUGCCAGUACGAGGGGGCUAUGGUAUGGAAGUAUGAUCCAGACUGCAAGGAUUGUGUUGCACCAGCACCGGCGACAGCUGCCGCUACUGGUACAGCGACAUGUGCCCAGCACUGCCAGUAU